AUGGCGCGCGCCGCCUACCCUCUGAGGCUCCUCGCCGGCCUCGUCCGCAAAAACACCCUCAACCACAUCGUCCGCCACCCCGUCAGCUUCAUCCUCACCUUCUACGUCAUCCCUCUCGUGCUGCUCCCGCUGCUGCUGUCGCUGCCCAAGCUCAUCACCGUGCAGCAGGUGACGGGCGCCGCCGACCCGGCGCCCAUCAAGUCCCUCGCCGACACAGUCCAGCACAAGCUCGUCAUCGUGCGUCCGGACGGCCUCGGCCCCGACGUGCAGCGCGUCGUCGACGCCCUGACGAAGCCCAUCGCCGCCGACAAGGUCCAGAUCCUCAAGACGGACGAGGAGCUGUUCCGCACCUGCAGCGAGGUUGCCGGCCAGAAAGGCGCGUGCCACGCCGCCGUCAGCUUCUACGACUCCCCCGACACGCCCUCGUCGGCCAACCGCACCUGGACGUACACGAUCCGCUCCGACGCCAAGGAUGGCAGCACCGCAGACUACAUCGCCCACCGCAGCCAGGCGGACAAUGUGUUCCUCCCGCUGCAGCUCGCCAUCAACAACGCCAUCACCAACACGACGACGGUGCCCGAGACGUUCAUGUUUGCGCGCACAAAGGACAGCAACGACGCUGCCAAGAAGGGCGACGCCGCAAACAUCAUCGGCAGUGUGCUGCCCUUUGCUCUCUUCGGCUGCUUCUUCAUCAUGAUUUACAAAUUCACCUCGUGGAUCACGCAGGACAGGGACUCGGGCAUGUCGCGGCUGAUGGAUACCAUGGGCGGCUCGUGGUGCCUGCCCUUGCGCGUUCUCAGCUGGAUCGUCGUCGUCGACAUGACCUGCUUGCCGCUCUUCAUCGUCUUUGGCAUCAUGUACGCGAAGCUGGCCUUUCCCGCCUCGGACGUGAUGCCACUAAUUGGCUGGCAGAUUCUUCUCGGCUUCGCCGUCAACAGCUCGUCCACCUUUGCAGCAGCCUUCUUCACCAAAGCGCGCGUCUCGUCCAUUUACAUCGCCGCCAUGUUCAUCAUCCUGUCCCUGGCCAUGCAGCUGCUCAUGGUCCGCGCCAAGCCCUCGCCCCUUCCCGACGUCAUCUGGGCCCUGUCAGGCGUCUUCCCAAGCUGCAACCACGCCCUAUUCACUAAGCAAAUGGCCUACUGGAAGCUAGCAGGGGCCCGGGCCGACUUCUCCUCAUUUCCAUCCGGCGAUGCCUCUCUGAUGGACUUGCGCGUCGUCAAGCAAAACAUGCUUCUUCUGCUACUCGCCGCGCAGACGGUGGGCUACGCCGUGCUCGCCAUGGGCGUCGAGUGGUUGUUCCACGGUGUGAGCGGCCGCAGCCGGACGUUUCGGCCCCGGGGCAACGACCUCAACGAGCCGUCUGUCAAGGUUGACAACCUGAAAAAGGUCUUCAAGCCCGGUUUCUGGAAGUGGAUGUGCUGCUGCGGCCGCCGCGGCUACAAGACGGCCAUCAAGAGCGUCACCUUCCAGGCCUACCCGGACCAGAUCCUCUGUCUCGCGGGGCCCAACGGCUGCGGCAAGACGACGACGCUGCAGGCCAUGGCCGGCUUCGAGCGUCCCAACGCCGGACGCAUCACGCUCAGCGCGCGCCGCGAGGAGGUCGGCAUCUGCCCGCAGCAGAACACGCUCUGGGGCGACCUCACGGUACGCGAGCACGUCCGGCUCUGGUCGCAGAUCAAGGGCGGCCGCGAGACCGAGGCCGACAUCGACGACCUCAUCGCCGCCUGCGACCUGGCGAAGAAGAGGGACAGCCGCUCGCAGACGCUCAGCGGCGGCCAGAAGCGCAAGCUCCAGCUGGCAUGCAUGUUUGUCGGCGGCUCCACGAUUUGUCUCAUUGACGAGUGCACGUCGGGCCUGGAUCCCCUCUCGCGCCGCGCCAUCUGGGAACUCCUCCUCCGGUACCGCACCGGGCGCACCAUGAUCUUCACGACGCAUUUCCUCGACGAGGUCGACGUGCUGGCGGACCGCAUCGUGGUGCUGGCCGACGGCGGCGUCCGCUGCCAGGGCUCGCCCGCGGAGCUCAACACCGAGUACGGCAGCGGGUACAAGGUGAUUGUGCCCGACGACGGCCGCGCCUUUCUCCCGGCCAUGGACGGCGGCGCGCCGUGGCAGCACACGACGCACCAGGGCCAGCUCGUCAGCACGGUGCCCGACUCGGCGACGGCGGCGCGGCUCGCGCGCGUGUACGUGGAGAAUGGCGUGACGGACAUUUCAAUUGCCGGCUCGCAGUUCGAGGACAUCUUCCUGAACCUCAUCGGCAAGCCCGACACGCUCGAGAGCAUCAACAGCAACAGCAACCUGCUGGCCGACGACAAGGGCUUCGCGCUGUCGCCGGCGCGCAGCACCACCUUUGCGCGGCAGCUGGGCGUGCUGCUGGGCAAGCGCUUCCUGGUGCUGCCGCGGCUGUGGUGGCCGUACUUCUUCGCCGUCAUGGUGCCCAUCUGCGCCGCGCUGGCCAUGCUCAUCAUCAGCGCCAGCUACGAGGUGCCGCGGUGCGCCGACACCCAGCCGGUGCUCGGCCCCGCCCAGGCCGAGACGUUCUGGUACCCCGAGUUCUGCGCCAAGCUGGACUCGUGCAACCAGAUGAUCCUGGCGCCGCAGGACGCCAAGGCGACGCUGCGCGGGCUAGUCGAGAAGCCGCUUGACGACCUGCGCGACGUCAACGCGACCGUGCUUGAUUCGUACGUCGUGGCGCUAGAUAACCGCCAGAGCUGGCUCGACUAUGUCCAGAAGAACAGGGAUACCAGCUCGUACAGCGGCAUCUUCACUGGCUCGGGCAGCGAGGCGCCCGUUAUUGCCUAUCGCCCGAUUUCGGACUCCCGGCUGACCAGCUUCGAGAUGCUGAAUCUGUGGAGCGAGAUGAAGAGCAAUGUCCAGAUCAAGGCCACCUACGGCAAGAUCCAGGCUGUCAAAACAUUUGACUACACCGUCGCCGUCAUGUACUGCAUAUUCUUAACCCUCGUCCUGUCCGUGUUCCCGCCCGCCUUUGUCUUGUACCCGGCCAUCGAAAAGGCCAGCAAGACUCGGUCGAUGCAAUAUGCCAACGGCGUGAGCCCCGGGCCUCUAAUUGUGGCCUAUCUCUUGUUCGACGCCAUCUUUAUCACCGUCAUCUCCAUCAUCCUGGCGCCCAUCAUCAGCGGCCCCAUCCAGGCUUGGAUUGGCUCUGGCGCGCUACUGGGAGUGGCCCUGGUCAUGUACGGCCUCGCCACCGUUCUCGUCGGACACAUUGCCUCUCACUUCUCCGUUGGGCCCCUCAAGGCCUUUAUCGCGGCCUUGGGUGUCAACCUGGCCAUGUUUGCGCUUGCCGCCGGUGCCUACACUGGAGCAACACUAUCCUCUCCCAACGCCGCAAAAUCCGUGGCCCUUGGUCUAGGCCUCUUCUCGCCCAUCGGAAACGUCUUCCGGGUCAUGCUCAUCGGCCUCAACGUCGCCAACCAGGGCUGCACCGCCGCCUACGGCAACAAGCCCUCGUCCGCCUUUGACGGCUACGCCGGGCCCAUCUUCUACCUCUUCCUGCAGAUCGUCGCGCUGGCCGCCUUUUGCAUCUGGCUCGAGGGCGGGCUGUCCCUGCUCCGCCGCGAGAUCCCUGCGUCCUCGGACAUGGACAUUGAGAUGCGCGAGCCGUGCAUGCCGGGCAGCGGCGUGGCGGCCGAGGUGCUCCGCGCCGAGCGCGACAAGGACGACAUGCUGCGCGCGCUGCACGUCACCAAGCGCUUCCGCUCCAACGUGGCGCUCGACGACGUCACGUUUGGCCUGCCGACGGGGCAGGUGGUGGCGCUCCUCGGACCCAACGGCGCCGGCAAGUCGACGCUCGUCAACGUGAUCCAGGGCGAGCUCGCGGCCGACAAGGGCGGCGUGAUGCUGCGCGGCGACAACGCGCGCAACUCGGCGGCGCGCAGACACAUUGGCGUGUGCCCGCAGCACGACGCCCUCGACCUGCUCACGACGCGGCAGCACCUCGUCUUCUACGCCAAGAUCCGCGGCAUCGCCGACGUCAACAGCAACGUCGACUACCUGCUGCGGCGGCUCGACCUCGAGCCGCACGCCAAGACGGCCGCCGCCAACCUCUCGGGCGGCAACAAGCGCAAGCUCAGCCUGGCGAUUGCGCUCAUGGGCACGCCGCCCGUGCUCGUGCUCGACGAGCCCACGACGGCCAUGGACGCCGUCGCCAAGCGCGUCUUCUGGGACCUCAUCAAAAAAGUCACCGCCAACCGCUCCAUCCUGCUCACGACGCACAGCAUGGAGGAGGCCGACGCGCUCGCCGACCGCGCCGUCAUCCUCGCCACCAAGGUGCUCGACAUCGGCACCACGCAGCACCUGCGCACGCGCUACGGCACGCAGAGCCACGUCAACGUGCAGCUCGCGUCGGCGCCGCACACCUCCGAGGCCGAGAUGCAGCGCGUCUGGACGCGUAUCCAGCAGGGCGUGCCGAGCGCCGCGCUCGAGCGCGACAUGAGCCGCGGCCAGCUCCGCUUCGCCGUGCCGCUACAGGGACCAAACGGCGAGAGCAGCAGCCUGACCGUCAUUCGCAUCACCGAGUUCCUCGAGCAUUUCAAGCAGGAGCUGGGCAUUGCGCAUUUCAACGUGGGCAGCGCCACCCUGGAAGGCGCCUUUUUAAACAUUAUUCGGGCCAACAACUUUCAAGAGGACAACGAGGCCCAGUAA